UCGGCAAACAUCGUCAUCUGCCGUCAGUUCAGUGGCGACUCCGCUCGGUCUCGGUCAAGGAUGGAGGAAGAAGCACGAAGGCUUCUCGAAGAAGGGAUCUGUAAAAAAUUGAUUAGCCCGGGUAAAGGACAGCUUUCGACCUUCCCCGAUGGAACAAAGGUGGUCUUCCACUACCGCACCAGCCUGUGUGAUGGCACUGUGCUGGAUGACUCCAGAAACAUGGGGGGCUGCAGCAAACCCAUGGAGCUCAUCUUGGGCAAGAAGUUUAAACUAGCUGUGUGGGAACGAGUGAUCAUCUCAAUGAGAGAAGGAGAAAUUGCCCAAUUCACAUGUGACACCAAACACACCGGACUUUACCCGCUGGUGUCCCAGUCGCUGAGGAACAUCAGCAUCGGUAAAGACCCGCUGGAAGGCCAGAGGCAUUGCUGCGGCAUUGCCCAGAUCCACUCCCACCACUCGCUGGGCCACAAAGACCUGGACCACCUUCAGGCUAAUCCACAGCCUCUCAUCUUCACCAUCGAGCUGACGGAGGUUCUUCCUCCGGGCUCGUUCCAGCUGGACGUGUGGGCCAUGACGGACGAGGAGAAGCUAGCCUCGGUGCCUCACAUCCACGAGGAGGGCAACGAGCUCUUCAAGCAAGGCCGAGUGCAGGAGGCCACCGACAAGUACUACAACGGCAUUGCCUGCCUGAAAAAUCUCCAGAUGAAGGAGCAUCCGGGAGAUGAAGCCUGGAUCAAGCUGGACCAUAUGAUCACGCCGCUUCUCCUCAACUACUGCCAGUGCAAGCUACUCCAAGGCCACUACUACGAAGUCAUCGAACACUGCUCGUCACUCGCUUUUAAAUACGAGGACAACGUGAAGGCCUUCUACAAGCGCGCCAAGGCCCACGCCGCAGUGUGGAACGAGACGGAGGCCCGAGCGGACUUCGCCAAAGUGCUGCAGCUGGACCCGUCCCUCGGACCGUCCGUGGCCAAGGAGCUGCGGGCCAUGGAGGCGCGCAUACGCACCAAGGAGAAGGAGGAAAAGGGCCGCUACAAAGGCCUGUUCGACUACAACGCGGCGCCGACGACCGCUACCACGGGUUGAAGAGUGAAAUGAGAAGCAGAUACCCGAGAUAAUUUCGAGGAGAAAGCGUAGGAAACGCACAUGCUGCUGUUUCCCUUUUUUUCCCCUUUGAUCCACUCACAAGACCAACUGCCUUCUGUGACACACACAAACCUCUCUAAGCCUGCUCCAUUUCUCCCUUUGAGUGUUUCAGCUUCAUCAUCGAGUCUCAGUUAUAUACUCCGACACAUAGAACGCCGACAAGUAAGUAAGAGCCGCGCAAGCUUUUUUGCAGUUUCUUGCUGCUUUCUUAUAUUCGAUGUUAUAAUCCGAGCUAAAUUGGGAAUAUUACUGACAGGCACAGCUCUCUCGCACCGGACCGCUUUCUCCAGGUCGAUAUGGUAGGCAGAUGGAGACGUUGUUGACAAUCAUAAAACACACUUGGCUGUUGCUUUCUUCUGUAUUUCCCAUGUAAACAUUUGUGUUUGAGUUAUUUUUGUGCAGCAGUGUCUCAGCAUCACCUUCCGUCUGAAAACGAUUGAACGUGAAGCUGUGGACGGGUCGCACGUCACUGAAGCGGCAAUUGUGUCAUCCAAAUAAAUAAUCCAUGUGUUGGCCUUUUUAA